AGUCACGUGAGCCGAGCAGGUCUGAUAUAGCGCUGCUCGGGACUACACAGCCAGGCUGUUUGGAAUCGUCCAUCACACUGAAGAAUUUUUUUAUGAUAACAGAUUUAGGCAGAGACAAUACAUUAAUAAAUGACUAAAAGAAGCAAACAGAGUGAGGAAUAAUAUUUAUAUCAACAAAUAUCUGGGUUUUGCUUCGACGUAGGCUUAUAUUCGACAGAUCAUCUUUCAAUCGAGAUCCCACCGUGUGGGUAUGGGAAAUGAUGGAGGAUAAAGGUCCUCGAGUAGCCGACUACUUUGUGGUUGCCGGUCUCACCGACUCGUCCAAGCCUCUCGAGGAGGAGCUCCACUUUGAUGAUGCCGGUCCCAAGUCUGUGAAACCGAAAUCCCCUAUCACCGACGUAACUGUGGUGAUCCGCUCCCUGGGCGAAGAGGUACCCCCGGGUUUCACCUGUAUUGAAAGCACCCCCUCGGGCCUCUCUGCAGAACUCAAUGGAGCCAGCCUCAGGGGCCCGCAGAUAUUCUUGUGCUUCAAGCGAGGCAGAGAUAAGCCUCCGCUGACAGAUCUCGGGAUUCUGUAUGAGUGGAAAGAGAAACUAAAACCUGGAUGUCACAUCGUCCAGACCACACCCUCAGGUCGCCCUGCCAACAUUAGCAGCUCGUCGUCCCAACGCAUCUACAUCACUUACCGCCGCGCACCAAAGAGCCAGCCCCAUACUUCACUGGCUGUCACUGAUGUCUGCAUCAUCAUCCCCGGUAAAGGGGAGACGCCCCCUCACACCUUCUGCAAGGUGGACAAGAACCUCAACAGCAGCAUGUGGGGAUCUUCAGUCUACCUGUGUUAUAAGAAGUCUCUGGCUAAAGCAAACACAAUAGCUUACAAAGCAGGUCUGCUGUGUAGGUACCCUGAAGAGGACUACGAAUCCUUCCCACUGCCUGAGUCCGUGCCUAUGUUCUGCCUGCCCAUGGGUGCAACGGUCGAGUGCUGGCCAGCACACACCAAACACUCCCUGCCUGUGUUUUCCACAUUUGUUCUGACGGGUGCCUCCGGAGAAAAGGUGUACGGAGCAGCCAUCCAGUUCUACGAGCCUCACUCAGAGGAGAUACUGUCUGAGCGUCAGCGCUCACAGCUCGGCCUGCAAAGCUCUGGUCUCGGACCUGAUAGGACCAGGAGUGUGUACAGCAACAAGAGCAUCUGUCUGCUCUCCCACUGGCCGUUUUUCCAGUCCUUCAGGAGCUUUCUCACUUUUCUCUACCGAUACUCCAUCUCUGGACCACAUGCCCUGCCAAUUGAAAAGCACAUCUCUCACUUCAUGCAAAAUGUGCCAUUCCCCUCCACUCAGAGACCACGCAUCCUAGUGCAACUGUCUCCACAUGACAGCCUGAUACUGAGUCAACCUGUGUCCUCUCCACUGCCUCUCAGUGGUGGAAGCCUCUCCACAUUACUACUGAAUCUGGGCCCAAAGAACGCAGCCACUCUGCUGGUGCUGGCUGUCACAGAGCACAAGAUCCUGGUUCAUUCCCUGCGUCCAGCUGUGCUCACAAGUGUUACAGAGGCCCUUGUGUCUAUGAUCUUCCCCUUCCACUGGCCAUGCCCCUACAUCCCUCUGUGCCCGCUGGCACUGGCCGGUGUGCUCAGCGCACCGUGCCCUUUCAUCGUGGGUGUAGACUCCCGAUACUUUGACCUUUACGUGCCCCCAGCUGACAUUAGCUGCGUGGAUCUGGACACCAACACAAUCUCCCAAAAAGACGACAAGAAGGCUUUGACGUGGAAGAUCUUGCCCAGGAGAGCUUGUAAACAUCUUUUGAAUACCCUGAAUAAGCUCCAUCAGCAGCUCGCUGAGGGUGGCCAGUUGAACCGGGAAGAUGUGCAGAUGGAGCACACAGUAACUGACAGUGAGCUCAACGGUGGGAAGAGCCUCCACACUCUGGAGUUGGAGAUCCAGGAGGCCUUCCUGCGCUUCAUGGCGGCCAUCUUGCGAGGCUAUCGCUCUUAUCUGCUCCCCAUCACCCAAGCCCCCUCUGAGAAGACCACCGACGCCAGCUCCCUCUUCGACAUCCAAGGCUUCCUGAAGAGCAGAGACCGCUCCCACCAGAGGUUUUACUCCCUCAUGACCAAGACUCAAAUGUUCAGCCGUUUCAUAGAGGAGUGCUCCUUUGUCAGUGAUAAAGAUGCCAGCCUGGCUUUCUUUGAUGAGUGUGUUGAUAAGCUAUUUACAACUGGAGGCAAGAUGGACAGUGAGCGACCAGAGGAAACCAGAUUAAUCGAACUGGAUGAAUCUCACCGCAGUGAGCACACGGUCUAUAUCAACCCUCCAGAGCUGCCUCCACUACCACAGGGAGAAGAGCAUCCUCUGUGUUAUAGCUACUCUGGGUUCCCUGUGCUGAAUGCUGAGCUUCUGGAGCCGCUGGAGGGACCAAAUCCUCCAUCAGCAGCCCUGGCCUCACGCCACAGUAGCCCAGCCAGCCCUUCGGCCAUCUUUAGGCGCUCUAAACAGGAGAUCAAAUCCGCUCAAAGGAUGGCCAAAACCUAUUCAUCUAUGCCUCAGAUGUGGUCUACAUGUCUGCUGCGCCACUGCUAUGGUCUUUGGUUCAUCUGCCUUCCAGGGUUUGUUGGCACCUGCCAUUCAAAGGUGCGGGCUCUGCGUACAGCUUAUGAUGUGCUGAGGAAGAUGCAGGACAAGAAGUUGCAGGCUCCAGAUGAGGUGUGCUACCGUGUGUUGCUGCAGCUGUGUGGGCAGUACAGCCAGCCAGUCCUUGCUGUCAGGGUGUUGUUUGAGAUGAAGAAAGCUGGAGUUCAACCCAACGCCAUUACCUAUGGGUACUACAACAAGGCGGUGUUGGAGAGCACCUGGCCCUCCACCACCAGAGGAGGCUACUUUUUGUGGGGAAAGCUGAGAAACGUGGUCCUAGGUGUGCUCCAGUUCAAGCAAGCAGGGAGAAAACAACAGACGCCGCACAGAGACCCUCAUCUUUCAGACUGCAGUGAUCUUGACACAGUCAGUCAUGGCAGUUUGGACAGUGCUAAUGACUCUGCUGAGCGCACUUCCAUCGACACUGACUUCACUAAAAUGGACUCCAGUGAUGAUGGAUUUAGUACAGGUGGACAGUCAGACCAGGGCUAUGAUUCACUAUCCAAAGAGGAGGAAAGGAUGUGCAGCAGAGAGAGUGACAGCACACUAUCGGUGGAAGACAAAGGCCAGAGGCAGUCCACACCUGAGAUAGAGGUUCCAAUCUGCGACAUCUCCCCUUCUACUAGAAGUUAUAAACCAACAGACGUCAGUGCAGGCAAUGGCAACAGGCUGGUUUCCAGACCAUCUAGUGACACCAUUCUGUGUGGAGUCCUGCCAAAGAAAGAGCGGCCAAAAUCUCUUGACUUGUCUGGUGGACAAGGAAGCCUAAGACUCACCGUCCCUCACCUUGGCUCAACAAACCAGCAUUACCUAGCUGCUGACAGACUGCGCGAGGUAGAAGAAGAGGAGACAGAGACUGAUAAACAGAAACCUUUGGUGGAGAGAAGUGUCAGCUGCAGCGGUGCAGGUGAGAGGCCAGGUCUGUCUUUAGAGAGGAGUGCCAGCUGCAGUGAUGGGAUUGUGAGGAGAACCGGGGUUGAGAGCGGGUUUGAUCCCCUGUCACUGAUGGCGACAGAUGCGGUACAAGAGUGUGACCGGGAGAACAGUGGCACAAACAUGGCCCGCCGCGACCUCGCUGAAGACAUUGAGAUGUACAUGAACAAUGGAAACAGCCCUCUGAGCAGCCGUACACCCAGUAUGGAUCUGCAGAACCCAUCGAGCCCUUUAUUUGGUUUGGCCUCGUCUCCUCACACCUCGCCACAGCCCUCUACCCUGCUCCGCUCCAACACACACAUCCCUAUAAAAUCCAAGGAGAGGUUGCGGCCAUCACCGUCUCUUCCUCUGGGUGUCUGUACCAAAAACAGGGAGAGGCCUUCCUCCUUGGUGUCACCCUCCUCACCUUCUCCCUCUUCCUCAUCAUUCUCCAUGGACUCACUGUUCACGCCAACCCUGGACAUCUUCAAGAGCAGCGUCCUAUCAGCAGGGAAGGGUGUGGCUGAAAAGGCUAGCCGCUUCUACUCUCGUCUGUCCUCUCAGACUUCAUUCACACAGGAUGCAAACUGUGACCAGAUCAGUAUAUCCUCACUGACCUCAGGAGAGGCAGAUUGCUCCUCACUGCUUGAUCAUGACUCCUGUCUGGACCCAGAUGACUUUACCUCCCCUCAGCACGGCAGUGUUUCCCGACUCAGGAGGAGCCCAGUUGUGGGUCAUACCAACUUGGGCAGCCCCAGCACCCCCAAUAGAGUGUUCAGACACAACUCCUUCUCUGGUGGACUGGCACUUCCUUGUAAAACCCCUCACACUCCAGAUUCCUCCCCCGACACAAGUCGAUUCCAACCCUCUCCUAAUUACACCAUAGAGGUGAUGAUGUCCAGCUGUUCCCUUUGUAAGACCUGUGACUGUCUGGUGUAUGACGAGGAGAUCAUGGCUGGCUGGACAGCAAACGACUCCAACCUCAACAGCACUUGUCCCUUCUGCGGCACAGCCUUCCUGCCUUUCCUCAAUGUGGAAAUCAAAGACCUGAGACCACUCAGCAGGUCUUCUAUGGAAAGUAAUCCUGUCACUGAGGAGGUCACACGGGGAACUCUCAAUCCAGAGGCCGACAUGUCUGCCGCAAACUGUGCAGCUCAGUCAUCUGCGGCUACCUCCAAGAGGCAGGGGAGCAGCGGCAGUGCUGGGCCAGCUCCGGUGACAGUGCCCUACCUGAGCCCUCUGGUUCUGUGGAAGGAACUGGAGAGCCUGCUUGUAAAUGAGGGCGACCAGGCCAUCUCCUCCCCGUGUGUUGUCGACCAACACCCCAUCGUCUUCUGGAACCUCGUGUGGUACUUCAGAAGGCUUGAGCUGCCGAGUAACCUGCCGGCUCUUAUCCUGGGCUCCCAGCACUGUAGCCAUGGAGACCAGACUCCUCAGAGCGUUUCAUCCGAGGACAGUAAGCAGGUGCUUGUGAGGAUUAUGUGGGACAACCUGAAGUUACACAAAGACAAAGUUCAACCCUGCUAUGUCCUGUGGAACACGCAUUGUGCAAACUCCCUGAUUCGCUCUGGGCUGUGUGAAGACGGCCAGCUUUUCACUGUGGAGUUACUGCAGGGUUUUGUGAGGAGCAUUAAGAAGAGUGACCUCUAUCAGCCCAUGAGCCUGAUCAUCCAGCUGUUGGGGCCAGAGCUGGGUUUUAAAAGACAGAGGAGUCUAUACCGAGAUGUAUUGUUCUUGGCUCUUGUGGCUUUGGGAAAGAACAACAUUAAUAUCAAUGCUUUUGACCGGGAGUACAAGUUGGCAUAUGAUCGCCUCACCCCCAACCAGGUUAAACUGACACAUAACUGUGACCGACCCCCCGGAGCAGGGGUCAUGGAGUGCAAGAGGACUUUUGGGAAACCCAGUCUGUAAACUACUUGUUUUCUUUUGCCCCAAUAUAUCUUUCCUUUUAUGCUCCCUGUUACUGUUUUAUUGGUCUGCUCCUCAGACUCAGGACCAGCUCACCUGACUGGAGCACAGAGCUCUUAAGCACAAUGUGAAAUUACACUUAAUAUAAAGUAACUGCCACGCAUUUCUUGUAUAUUGUUAGAGGUGAGAGGCCUGGAAUGAUAAACUUGAGUUUGUAAAUAAUUAGAACAUCCACUGUAUUUUCCGUAUAACUGUUAAUGUUUGUACAGUUAUUUUACAGUCCAAUGUACAUUUUACAACUUUGUUUUUGUUGAAUCUGUUAGUAAAUAUAUGUAAAAGUAAGCGUAUGAUCAUGUUGUUGAAAUUCAUAAGUGGUCCUGGUGACCUUUCUAAACUGCUGUUGAGUGUGUGUAUAAUAAGUCCUUGCUUUUAGACAUUUGAGUUUUUACAAAGCACUUUGACUGCUGCAGGAUUUAAUGCAGUUAAUAUUUCCAUUACAUGCAGUAAAAGAAAGCGGAUACAUUUUUCCUCAUCUGUACCCUGUACUCAUAAGAGGGCCAUGAUCAUAUGCCUGAAUACACAAAACUAGACAGUAACCUACAAAAACAAUCCGUUAUAAAAAGAAAUGUUAUUUCUAAAUCAUGAAGGGAGUACUCAAUUAAUGUAUAUGCACAAUGUUUGUUUGUUAUCCUUUUUUGUACAAUAUACCAAAAGAACCCAAAAGGGAAUAGUGCUAAGAUUUAUUUACAGUUUUUUAAUACCUUUUUAAUAAGUAAGUAAGUAAGUAAGGAUUUAUGUGUUAUACGGGACCACCAAGGAUAGAUUUCCUUAAACACAGUACAAUCAAACUAAUAGUAGAUGAAAAAAAAAAAUGUUUUUGGUUGGUUUAAUCAACAAAUUCUUUUUGAUAGAGAAAUUCAUUUAUAAAAUAAUGUAUCUAUAAAAAUGUAGUAUUUGUAUAUUUCCUUUAGGUCUUCACUGUAUAGUGUAGAUGUUUUAGACAUUUGGACAACAGUGCACUGUAUAAUGUGACACACAGCAAAAAA